UGUCAUAUGAUGUUAUUAGCCAACAUCAGAAGCAGCAACGUCUCAGCUGAAUCCUUUACAUCACUCCCGGCGUUGAAAGCUGACACACCGCCAAACAUCAGAAUGUCAUAUGGGUCCAUCGAUGGAGGAUCAUUUGCCAGCCGAAACCCGUUUGGGGGCCCCACCAGGCAGGGCUAUCAGCCACUAGCCACACAGGUCAGCCCUUCAGAAUUACAAGAUGUGUUUCAAGAAGCCUCCUCCAAUAUCUUCCAGAUCAACGGCAAUGUUGUCAUCUUGGAGAAAAGUCUUCAGUCACUGGGUACUUCCAGAGACACAACAGAGCUGCGACAGAGCCUACAUUCCACUCAGCAGCAGACCAACAAAGUCAUCACCAGCACAAGUCAUCUCAUCAAACAGCUCUCUGAUAUAAUCAGCGGGUCUUCACGGCAAGAUCGUUUACGUCUGACCAGACUGAAGACUGAACUCUCAGAUUCUGUGCAGCGCUAUGGGGAUCUUCAGAAGAAAAUCGCAGAGCGAUCAAGGGCAUUGCUCCCUCCCGCACAGAAAGACAAGAAUAAGAGUCCCCAGACUCCAUCCAGUGACCUGAAUCAAGAGGACCCACUGUUUGGAGAAGCAGCAGGUGCUGAGGAAGGAGUCCAAGCUUUCCUGUCUGAGAUCAGUGAGGAGGAUGUGGAGGUGCUCCGUCAAAGAGAGGAGGCUCUGCUUCAGAUAGAAAGAGACAUGUUGGAUGUCAGUCAAAUAAUGAAGGAUCUAGCCAGUAUGGUCCACGAACAAGGAGAUACAAUUGACAGUAUUGAAGACUACAUUCAGAAUACAUCAUCGAACGUGGAAUCAGCCAAUCAGGAGCUUGCCAAGGCCAAUCAGUAUCAGAAAGCCUGUUUUGAGUCUCAGAUAAGAAGAUGAAUUGCUCUCUCCGUGCUUUGAAGCGCGUCAGGAUUUAAAGACUCCAGCCUCGGCUCUGGUCUAACGCCGCUGCUCCGCUGCCUUUGUAGCAGAAAACAGGCUGGGAAAAAAUGGAAGAAAAAGCGUUUCAAAACAACAUAGAUUCUGUGCUCCAACACAUCGUCACCGCCCGAGGAGACAAGCAGCUAAGGAAAAUAUAGAAAUAUCCCCAUAACCCUGCUCCUCAAUGUUUCUUACAAUUUUUCUGCACACUACAGCUAACAUGGCUUUUACUUUUACACCACAAGCUAAUUAACAUGUAAAUUUGAAUUUAAUUUGUUUUGUGAGACAAAUGGCUUUCAUUUUUAGAAACUCAGUUUUCCCACUGUUGAUAAAGAAAUUAAAUGAAAAACAACUUUUAUUUUGAUGGUAAAACUGUUGAAAAGUUUUUGUUUUUAUUUUUCUGUUUUGAUCCCUCUUUCUUCAUGAAGUUACAAAGUCAUACAAUCACUUGGAAAUUAUUUACACAAAUUCAACGUUUUCUCAUUUUCACAACAAUAAACUUCAGUGUAUUGUAUAGGCAUUUACAUUAUUCUUUAUCAUAAAAGUCAUAAUUGUAAAAUUAAAUGCUACACUUUAGCAAACACAAUCCUAAAAAUUGUGACAUGGAUUUUUAUUUAGUCACCUUUACUCCUCUACUUUUCUAACCUUAGAUAAAAUCUAUGCAACUAAUUACCUUCUCAACUAUGAAAGGAUCAAAAGCAAACACAUAAAUAAAUGGUUAAAAUACUAUUUAAAUGUAACAUUUUAUAAAUAAAUGUGGUACAAAGUAUAUUUAAUGUCACAUACUGGAAAUAAAUUCAGGGAGCAUGAUAGAUUGUUUUUCCACAUGGAGAUUUCAGACUCCACUGAGAAUCUUGGGAUGUUCUGGAGAAGGAUUGGCACACUGGUCGGACUCUGCCAUCAUCAACACAUGGUCUUGCUGAAAAAUGAAAGCAAUGCCAGAUGAAAAUCAAUCUUGUGAUAUUGCAGAAGUUUAUUCAAACAAUGCUAUGUUGUGCUGUGGUCAAAGUUAAAAGUGGUCCAACCAAAUAUUAGAGUGUGUGAUUUUUUUUUGUGGCAACUUGUAUUUGACCUCGUUUUUCAGAGGACUUUCAGGAGUUAAUGGAAUAUGAAUGGAACACAAAUAUGAAUUUGGCUGCCUUUUUCAGCUGUUGCUUGCUGACUGCUUCUUGUCCAUUCAUACUGGAACACAGAGCUAGUGCCACUGCUGCUGGUGUUUAUGAAGCACAGCUCUACAGAAAAACUGUGACAGAAGCUUCCAUCUACCAGUUGCAGCAAAUAGGUGAAACCAUGCACAUAUGUGUUUCUGUGUGUGACAGAGGGGCGAAAGAUUAUAAAAAUUCUGUCUGUCACACUAACUCAAAAUCUCUAUAAAGGCUGAGCAAAAAAUGACAAUAAAGCAUCAUUUAUUGUGAUGCUUUAUUGAAUGGAUUUUCUGAUUUUUGUGUAAUUUUUCUACAGGUUGACAUAAAAGUAAAUUGUAUUAACAUCACUAUAUUAUUUUUAUUUCCUUGCAGUUUUGACCCUAUAUAAACACAACUACAAUCACCAUGCCUACAUUACUUCUAUACAUCAAACACCCCAUAAUCCUUGCAUUGCUUUGACUGUUACAUAACCAAACAAAUACCACUAUAAAAUAUAAUGGGCCUACAUCGCUUAGCUGACAACUAGAUAUUGAAGGAAUGUAAUGUUAGAACAUUUACAUAUAUCCUCUUAAAAUUGAGAUGAUUGUUAUGCUCUAAUGAUGAAAUAUGCUUCUUUUGGUUACAGAGGCAGUUGAGGAAAAGAAAGUGUUACCUUCUGUUGGCCGGAACUUUGAUCCUCGCCAUCCUCAUUCUCAUUAUUGCUGUUUCAGCAAGAAAAUGAAACCUACC